UCUCUCCUCACAGAAAUAGUUUUCACAUAUAUUUCCAAGUUAAUUAUCUGAAAUCCAAUAUCAUAAAUUAGUAACUAUUUAUCAGAGAAGACGGACACUUGGGCGGCUUGAAAGGCGCUCCUCAAAACUUGCUCUAUAAUAACACCAACAUUAGAUAUGGGAUAUUUUACAUGGUGUAAUUCACUAGCUAUUCAAUGAGGAAACAACUUGGUUUAUUUCUACCUCCAAUCGAAGGCAAUCAACAUAAAGCAUAUAUUAAAAGGGCUGUUUGCAAGUCUCCCAAACAUAAUAUGAGAUGAAGUCUCCCAAAAUUGGUGUCAAACCUAAAUCUUUUCACCUUCCUCUAUGUUCAACAUUUCACUAAGCACCCAAUAAAGAGAGAGAGAGAGAGGAGAGACAAUUCUCCUCAGCAUAUCCAUUUUUUCCAAAAUCCAUCUUGUUCCUACUUAUCCCAAGAACAUGUUGAAAUUAGCAAUCGUAAGUUUAGUGUGCACCGCACUACUUAUUUCCAUUUUAUUUCGAAUGUCAAAUAAUUCUAUCCUCUGCAGAGCACCGGUACUAGUGGGUCCGGGGAUCCUCCCGGACACGAACUCAACAAAGGAUGAUGAUAUAAUGUCCCAACAACUCAAAGUCGAUGCCGUCAUACAUUACGCCACGUCACGAGUGAUACCACAACAGACGUUGGACGAGAUCAAGGUAUCCUUCGACGUUCUCAAAUCUCUAACCCCGUGUAAUUUCCUGGUAUUCGGGCUAGGCCAUGACUCGUUUAUGUGGGCGUCUAUAAAUCCACGUGGCACCACGCUAUUCCUAGAGGAAGAUCCGAAAUGGGUCAGGGCCGUAAUAAAAGACGCGCCAUUCCUACGUACCAACACCGUGAAUUAUCGGACAAAGUUGUCGGAGGCAGAGAAAUUAAUCGAACACUACCAUAAGGAACCAGAUUGUUCAGCUAAGAAAUCAUUCUUACGAGGUAACCGUAAAUGUAAAUUGGCAUUGGACAUGUUAUCUAAUGAAGUGUACGAUAAAGAAUGGGACAUGAUUAUGAUUGAUGGUCCUAAAGGUUAUUUUGAUAAAGCACCCGGAAGAAUGUCAGCUAUUUAUUCUGCUGCUGUUAUGGCAAGGAAUAGGAAAGGAUCUGGGGUUACACAUAUAUUUUUGCAUGAUGUGGAUCGUAAUGUUGAGAAAGUUUAUGCAGAGCUAUUUUUGUGUAGAAAAAAUUUGGUGAAUAGUGUAGGAAGGCUUUGGCAUUUUGAGAUUCCUCCGGCACCUAACGUGACCAAUGAUUUUUGCUAGCGGUAGGAUGGUUGGGAUUCCUCUACCCUUAAUUAUGUCUUCGAUUCGAGCCUCGGGAAUUGAGAACUUCUCGAUAGACAGUGUCUUUACCCUAUUAGUGAGCCUAAACGCAAAUCUGGAUUAAUUGGGUUAACGGGUUUUGAAUUCCAGUUGAUGGGUAAAAAAACGAUUUUGCUAGAGUAUUGUGCUAUUUUUCCUUUUUUUUUUUUUUUUUUUGCUGUGAAGGGUUACUUUAAUUUACAUUUAGAGUGUUGUAUAAUUUCUUAAUCCCUUUCAAAUUACUCUUGUACUCUUCACGUUUUUUAUUUUCUUUGGGCUUAUGUCUGAUGAAGUGGUUACUGUUACCAACGGUACUUAUGUUACAAUGUAGCCAUUUCUUAGGCUUUAAUUUGUUUGGGAACAUUUGAAUCCCAAGCAGAUUCAAGCCUAGGUAAUGAAAGUGUCCUUAGAGACACUAUGUUUGGAAACAAUGUAUUUCAUCCUCCUUAAGUAUUAAUAUAAAUAUUUCUUGUUUGC